AUGUCGGGUGACCACGCAGUCACCGAGCUAGGCGGCAUGGCCCUAAAGCAGAGCGUUUGGCGAUACCUCCGCGAAAACCCUUACGUCUUUGGCCUUUCUGCGUUUGCCAGCUUGGGUGGUUUUCUUUUCGGCUAUGAUCAGGGCGUUGUCUCCGGCGUGUUGACGAUGGAAUCUUUCGCCGCCAAAUUCCCCCGCAUCGACACUGACAGCAGCUUUAAGGGCUGGUUUGUCUCAGCACUACUUCUCUUUGCAUGGCUUGGGUCUUUGGUGAAUGGCCCGAUGGCCGAUUUCCUUGGCAGAAAAGGCUCCAUGCUACUGGCCGUUGCCAUCUUCAUUCUUGGAUCUGCCUUCCAGACCGCCGCAAGUGACGUCCCACUAUUGUUUGCCGGUCGCGCCAUUGCAGGCUUUGCCAUUGGCAUGUUGACAAUGAUUGUGCCAAUGUACAUAUCAGAGCUGUCCACGCCCCAUAUCCGUGGCACUCUGGUUGUCAUGCAGCAGCUCAGCAUUACACUCGGCAUUCUUGUCAGCUACUGGCUUGAGUAUGGAACCCAGUACAUUGGCGGCCCUCGGUGUGAUCCCGACAUCCCGUACUCAGGCGGCACCACAGAACUCCCCAAGUUUGACCCUUGGCACGACGUUGGUCCUAGAGGAUGCACUGGUCAGUCUGAUGCCUCGUGGCGUAUUCCGUUCGGCCUCCAGAUUGUUCCGGCUCUGAUUUUGGGCAUCGGCAUGAUGUUCUUCCCCGAGUCUCCGCGGUUCUUUCUCAUGCGUCGUGAGGAGAACAAAGCCCUUGCCGCGUUGGCAAAGGUCCGCCGUGUUCACCCAGACACCGAAUAUCUUCGCGCCGAGUAUUUGGAUAUCAAGGCUGAAGUACUCUUUGAUGAAUCAACCAACCGUGAUAAAUACCCCGGGAAGGAGGGAAUCGCACUCUUCGCCGCGCAAAAUCUCGCUCUGGUAUCGUCUAGGCCUGCCUUGAAGCGUCUAGCCAUUGGAUGCGGCGUCAUGUUUUUCCAACAAUUCAUGGGCUGCAAUGCUGUGAUAUAUUAUGCCCCGACAAUGUUUUCUCAGCUUGGGCUCUCCGGAAAAACUUCAAGUCUUCUGGCUACGGGUGUAUACGGAAUUGUGAACACGUUGUCGACACUACCCGCCCUCUUUCUCAUUGAUAAAGUCGGGCGGCGCCCUCUUCUCCUAUGCGGCGCUGCCGGUACUUGUAUCUCACUGGUAAUCGUGGGUUCGAUUAUCGGAGGAUUUGGUGCCUCUAUACAGUCGCACAAGUCCGCUGGCUGGGCCGGCAUUGCCUUCAUCUACAUCUACGACAUUAACUUUUCCUAUUCGUUCGCGCCCAUCGGCUGGGUCCUCCCAUCAGAGAUUUUCAAUCUCGGCAACCGCUCGAAAGCCAUGGCAAUCACGACCAGUGCAACCUGGAUGUGCAACUUCAUCAUCGGCCUUGUCACACCAGACAUGCUCGAAACCAUUGGGUUCGGCACCUAUCUCUUCUUCGCCGCUUUUUGCGCCCUCGCCUUUGUCAUGACGUACUUCUUCGUUCCCGAGACUCGUGGUAAGAGCCUGGAAAAGAUGGAUCUGGUGUUUGGCGACACGGCAGCCCAUGCGGAGAAGGCAAGGCUUAUGAUGAUUGCGGCUUCUGUGGGCCUUACCGACGUGCUACCUGCCGAGAAGAUUGAGCACAGCAAGGAGAACUAUGACAUAGCAGAACACCGGUCUUAA